AUGCACUUCUUCAAGCUCAUCACCACCCUCGCCGCCGCCGUCUCGGUCUCGGCCAUCGACAUCCAGAAACACUUUGGCCAAAACUGCGGCGGCAACUUCCGCGUCUGCAGAGGUAUCAACCCGAACAUAUGCUGCACCGGCGCCACGGCCGAGAGCAUCCUCUUCCGCUACAUCCCGUCCAACUGGCGCAUCGAGUGCCGCGGCUACGACGGCGGCGACUGCCGCAACCGCCGUGCCACCAUCCUCUCAGCCGGCGCCACCUCCGUCUGCAUGCGCUCUGGCGGGUUCCUCUUCACCGGUGCGGGCUACGGCUUCGUGAACCGGAAGAGGGCACCUCAGGAGGCCGGCGAGGAGACGUGUGCUGCCGUAGCAGGUGAGGGGCAGGAGCAGAAGUGCGAGUCUAGCCAGGAGCCCGAUACUCUGGUUCUUGUUGACGGAUCCGACUUCACCAUUGCAGCCGAUCCCAAAGUCACUUCUGCCGCCGAUAUUCCUGACGAGUUCACGCCUCUGCGAAAGUAA